ACAGAGAUGGAAGGAGGGAGGUUCUAAUUGCCUGAGGUUUAACAGGCUUAAAAUAGGAAGCUGAUGUGGAAUUAAUUUUGUGGUGCUUUUGUAAAUGCUUUUGUCCUCUAAACAAGUGGGGACAGAGGAUAUCUUUGAAAAAACAGCAACGCUUCACCUGCAAUUUACUCCGAUACUCUGAAUUCAUAGGAAUGAUUUAUUUAUUCUGAAGAACCUUUGUUCAAUUUGCAGUGCUCUUCAGGUUUCAAGCCUUUUUGCUCCUGAUCCAGCUUAUGGAGGGCUUGAUAAUUAUCUCAUUAACUGGGUCCAGGGCUGAGUUAUUCUUUUUAAAAAAUGUAAUAGAGUUUUAAUUAAUUUAGUUUAAUAGAAUUUUAAUCAGUAUUAAAAUGUGAUCACAUAUAGGUAUAAGUCAAAGAAGUCAACGUGAUGAUAUUAUCAUUAAUCUUUGAUUCAGUUUUAUUUACUCACACAGUGAUGUUUUCUUGUUAAUGAUAUUUAGCUCGAUUUUAGAUUUCUUAGGUGCCCAGGAUCUACAUAAAAAUCCUCCAACUUCAGCUCAGAAUAGAAUUCCAACACAGUAGGGCCACACCCCAAAUGACUUUCUAUUCACUAUACUGCGUGGUAGAGUAUUAAUUGUUGUGGGGUGGUACCCUUAUCUUUUAUUUUUGGAAAAAUAAAAUUAAGGCCACUUUAUGAGGAACAUCUCUACACCUGCUCAUUCAUGCAAUUAUCCAAUCAGCCAAUCAUGUGGCAGCAGUGCAAUACAUAAAAUCAUACUGAUACAGGUCAACAGCUGUGAACAUACAGGUUAAUGUUCACAUCAAACAUCAGAAUGGGUAAAAAUGUGAUCUCAGUCGUUGAUCUGUUAUAGCCUAUCUACCUUAAGGCUUAAUGUGUUUUGAGAUGCUUUUCUGCUCACCAUGGUUGUAAAGAGUGGUUAUUGGAGUUACUGUUUCCGUCAUGUCCACUACAACCAGUCAGGUCAUUCCCCUCUGACGUCUCUCAUCAACAUGGAAUUUAUGGCUGCAGACCUGCCACUAACUGGAUGUUUUCUGUUUUUCACACCAUUCUGUGUAAACUCUAGAGAAUGUUGUGUGUGAAAAUCCCAGGAGAUCAGCAGUAUCUGAAAUCCUCAACCAAGCCUGUCUGGCUCCAGCAACCGUGCCACUGUAUUGGGUAACUUAAAGUAGAACAUGGGAUAACCAAAACAUGUGAUUGCAGAUUUUUUACCUUUUGAAUAUGUAACUGUUAUUAAAAAAACAGUAAAACAGGAUGUUGUGCCACCAGGACUGAAGCUGGAGCCCUCUGCUCUUGUACAUCCCUUUCAGUUUUUGAUUAGAGGUUAAUGAAUCCUAAUCAGUGAAAUCUUGUUGCUCUGGAAGCACAUCAUCAGUCAUGAUGGCUGUGCCAUGCUGUGCCUUCAGAGCAUGGCUACUCGUACUGAUGAGAGAAUGCAUCUCCCCCUUCCACGUUCGUUUUUUCUGUAUUUUCCCCCUCUAGCAGGGCAGUGGAGUGUGAGGAUCACCGGGGCAAAGAGACAAGGGGGGAGAUGGAGAAAGCAUUGUGGCCGGCUCAAAUGAAAUGGUAGCUAGGGAUGAAGGGAAGAAGAAAAGCUCAGCUUUUAGAAAAGUAAGAUAGGUGUCUACAGCCUGUGUGUGUGUGUGUGUAUUACUAUCAUGGCGGCAGGAAUAUAAGGGCAUCAGCAGUUCCUUCCUUGCUUGCCACCUUUUUAUCAUUGAGACAACUCCCUCCCUCCCUCUCUCUCUGCCUCUCUCAUUAGCAAUUCAGCCUUGUGAGCCUGCAGGCUCGGCUGUCUGUCACAGCCAUGCUGCGCCCUGAUUGGCUCUGAAGGAGCACCUGAUCCUUCAACAUUGGCUGGUGGAUUGAGCGGGGAGCAUUCUGCACUGCCUUCAUCGCUGGUGCUUCAAUACAGUGCUACUGCAGCCGUAAACACAGGGUUUGGAGAGAUACAGAGAAACAUACACACACUCACACACACACACACAAUCAGACACGGGCACACACAGUGAAGAAAAAAAACGCGUGGGGAUUUUACCAUCAACCCUCUGGAUAAGGACAGGAAUACAAACUUUCAUCAGGCUGACGUUCAUCAGUUUGCUUUGAAAAGCCACUAAAAUAGUGUUUUCUUAAAGACGGACGUUUUGGUAACCAUGGUGAAGCAGCACGAUGCUGGCAAAGGAGUGAAUAUCUGCUCUCCAUGGUGAUGGACGUAGAAGCCAGCUAAGCAUCUCUACGCCGUGUCUCUACGGUUACAAUCUCCUCAGUGCUUCAGGAGUUGGCUUCAUCCUGAUCAUCGACCGCAGGCAAGACAGAUGGGCAUCGGUGAAGGGAACACUACUGCGCAUCGCGGGCUCGUUCCCAGGAAACCUGCAGCUGGUAUUGGUGUUGCGGCCCACCGCCCUGUUCCAGCGUACACUCUCAGACGUCUUCUUUAGACUCAACAAGGAUGAGUUUAAAAUGAAGGUGCCGGUGAUCAUGCUUAGUUCAGUGACUGAGCUGCACAGCUACAUAGACCGCUCCCAGCUAACUCAGGAGUUGGGGGGCACUCAGGAGUAUUGCCACGAGAAGUGGAUCUCACACCGCACUGCCAUCGAAGGCUUUGCGCUGAUGGUGAAGAAGACGGCUCAGACGCUGCAGGCGUUUGGGACGGAGCUGGCCGAGACAGAGCUGCCCAACGACGUCGAGGCCACGUCCACCCUGCUGAGCGCUCACACGGAAAAGAAGGAGAAGAUGAAGGAGGAUCUGAAGAUAGCUCUGGGUCAGGGUGGACGCUUGCUGGACAGCAUCAAUGAGCCGCUGGCUUCAGAUCCAGACUACAACAUGAAUCACGAUGAGCUGGAGAACCUGGCUACUGUGCAGAGGCUACUGGGGCAGCUGGAUGAGACCGAAACAGCGUUUGAUGAUUUCUGGGAAAGACAUCAGACCAAGCUGGAACAGUGUCUUCAGCUGCGCUAUUUUGAACAGAACUUCAGGGAGGUUCGAGCCCAUUUGGACCAGGUAGCUGAUAAACUAUCCGGCUUCUCCGAGGUGGGUAUAAGCCCCGCCCACGGUGAGCACAUCCUGAAGGAGCUGACCAAUCACGAAGAGAGAACCUGUGAGGUGCUGGACCAGGCUCUGGCUCUGGCCGCUGAAGGAGACACACUGAUUGAGAACUCCCACUAUGCUGUGGACUCCAUCUUGCCCAAAUGCUCUGAGCUGCGGGCCGUGUGUGAGGAGGUGGGAGCUGUCCUGAAGGCCAAAAAAGCCCACCUGCUCAAAGCCAUGGAGCUCCACUCCAGCCUUGAGAAGGCUACCAGAUGGUGUGAUGAUGGAAUUUACCUUCUAGCAUCUCAGCCUGUUGACAAGUGUCAAUCACAGGACGGGGCAGAGGCAGCGCUGCAGGAGAUCGAGCGUUACCUGGAGACAGCCAAUCAGCACAAGCUGACAGACUUAACUGGCAUCUGGAGGGAGUACGAAUCCGUGCUGACGACAGAUUUUCGAGAUCAGGUGGAGCGGGUCUUCCAGAAACAGCUCUCUAUGGAGGACAUGUUUGAGAAAAGAAGAGUUAGCCUGAAGAAGUUAGCAGCUAAGCAGACACGGCCUGUCCAACCGGUCGCCCCUCGACCCGAAGCCAUCAUCAAAUCACCCAUGUCCUCUCCCGCACACAAAGAGAGGACUUUAUCAUCUGACAUUAUUAACAGCAAAAAAGACGAUACACUCCUGCAGAAUGGCAGGUGUCUCUCAGAAGAGGAGGAGAACUUGGCAGUACUUAGGCGUCAUGUAAUGAAUGAGCUGUUGGAGACGGAAAGGGCUUAUGUAGAGGAGUUGCUGUGUGUACUGCAGGGUUACGCUGAUGAGAUGGACAACCCCAGCAUGGCACUCCUCAUCCCCGGCACCCUCCACAACAAGAAGGACAUUCUGUUUGGCAACAUGGCUGAGAUCUACCACUUCCACAACAAAACUUUCCUCCGAGAGCUGGAGGCGUACACAGACUGCCCUGAGCUCGUGGGCCGGUGCUUUUUAGAAAGGAUGACAGAUCUACGGAUUUAUGAGAAGUACUGUCAAAAUAAGCCUCGCUCCGAGUCACUAUGGCGACAGUGCUCCGACUGCGCCUUCUUCCAGGAGUGCCAGAAGAAACUUGAGCACAAGCUGGGCUUGGACUCGUACCUGCUGAAACCUGUACAGCGCAUAACCAAAUACCAGCUCCUCCUCAAGGAGUUAUUAAAGUACAGUAAAGGUUGCGAUGGCUCAGAGGACCUGCAGGAGGCACUCUCGUCCAUCCUCGGCAUCCUCAAAGCCGUCAACGACUCCAUGCACCUCAUCGCCAUUACAGGAUACGAGGGGAACCUGAAUGAGCUGGGCAGGCUGCUGAUGCAGGGCUCCUUCAGCGUGUGGACCGAGCACAAGAAAGGUCACGCCAAAGUCAAGGACCUGGCACGCUUCAAGCCAAUGCAGAGGCACCUGUUCCUGCACGAGAAAGCGCUGCUGUUCUGUAAGAGACGUGAGGAGAACGGCGAGGGCUACGAGAAAGCGCCUUCUUACAGCUUCAAACACUUCCUCAAUAUGAGUGUUGUGGGCAUUACGGAGAAUGUUAAAGGAGACCACAAGAAAUUUGAGAUCUGGUGCAACUCACGAGAAGAGGUCUACAUCGUCCAGGCUCCAACGCCGGAGAUAAAAAUGGCGUGGGUGAACGAGAUCCGGAAAGUUCUGACUGGUCAGCUGAAAGCCUGCAGGGAGGCAAUUCAGCAGAAGACGUCCGAGCAGCUUUCUCCACUUCCCACCUCCAACAGCGGGAUCAGCCUGAGCCCCUUUAAAACCAGUCAGAAGAGUCAGAAGAAAGGAGAGGAGAAGAAAACUGAGCCUACACUCCCUGAGCUCAGCUUAGUGCCUGCAAUGAGAAACUCUGACAAGGUCAAAGAUGACACAGUAACCAGUCCCACCACUGACAGGGCCGCGGUGGCUAAAAAGCGUUUUACACUGCAGGGCUUCAGCAACCUCAAGAGUCAGAAAGAGUUCCUAACAACAGCUGGUGCUAAAAGCCUUACGUUGCCCAUGGUUACACUCUGCCCACCAGGAUAUCCCCCUAGUCCUGAUCACAAAACUAAGCGGCAUGAGAUUAAGAGUGAUCCCACGCCAUUUGGCUUCAAAGGGUUCAGUAAGGCCUCUCUCUCCAUGGACGCCUCGGAGGAGAACGACGGGUACUCCAGCGCCGAGGACCCCUUAAACUCUGACCCCGAGGAUGAGGGGAAGAAACUGUCUCCAGGCAAGUACAUUGUGGUAGCCGACUACGAUAAAGGAACUCAGGACCUCACAGUAAAGAGUGGAGACAUGGUGCAGCUGGUCCGAGAGGGCGCUGACGGCCAGUGGUUUGUGCGUAACCUGAAUAACAGUAAAGAAGGCUGGCUGCCUGCUGCUAACCUGCUCACUCUGAUCGGGGAGUCAAAGUCCUCACAGUCUCUCACCAGCUCAGAGGGCAGUGGCUCGGGCAAUCUGAGCACAUCAUCCAGCUGCAGUGAGACCUACACCAGCUUCUCCGACAUCAAACCCUGAGGCCUGUGUCUCCAUCCUGCCUCUAUAGCACCGCCUCAUGGCAGCUCCUACACACUGCACUUUCUGCUGAGACACCUUCUCCACCUCCUCCACCUCGUCCACCUCCAUCUCCUCUUCCAUGCACUGUAUUUAUCACCAGUCAUAGCGAUUUAACGCACAGCUUCACUCUCACCUUAUUUGUUUCCUGCUUGUGUUACAAGGAGAGACAGAAGAGGCUGCACUCCUUCCCAAAAAUAAGCUAUUUGUAUAUCUAUUAGUGCAAUAGUCUUCGAUUACAAAAGCAACACACUUUAUCCACUAAACUAAAAGCUGUGACCUUUAGUCUUGUACUGAGAGUGUCGAAACCGGUUUGGAAUAUUUUCAGGAACAUUUUUUUCUACUUUGCCAACAUUGUAGGACACUUGAACAGAGCAUUAUGUGACGUGGAUACAGAUUGUUGGAGUCGUGUCCAGUUUCCUAACUGUGAAAUGUCCUGUCUUAUUUACUGUAUGUAUUAAUCAGAAACAGCUGUAUAUUUUAGAUUAUUUCCUGUAUAUUUGUACAUAUAUUAUAACUUGACCUUGUUUUUUUUCCAUAAAAUGGCAGUAUAUAUUGUAUAUUAAAUGUUCAUGUAUGGUGUCAUCAUAUCUGAAGCUUGUUGUCUACACUAUUUUACUAUUUUAGGGGCAUUACAUUACUUACUUUUUUUAUUUUAUUAUUAUUAUUAUUAUUAUUAUUAUUAUUAUUAUUAUUAUUAUAAUAUACAAAUUUUCCCAAACAAAAUUUAUAUUAUAGUAAUAAUACCUUUUCAAAAAAAACAGUAUCUGAACAUAUUCGUGACAUUAUUUUAUCACAGAUUUAUUAUACUGUUUUAAGCAAGGCUUAAAUGAUGGGCUGAUAACAAUACAGCAUUUCCCAUAAAUUUAUCAUUGUGCCCCAAAGUUUUUUUUUUGUUUUUUUUUAAUUAUCUUCUUAAUUCCAUUUGUCUAUAUGUAAACACUGCACAUAUUUUAUUUUACACCUUAAAUGAAUUAAAUCUGCUGUAUUUCAGUCUCAUGUGGCACAUUGCCCUUGUAUUUCUCUAUUUUCAUAUUUGUAAUAAAGGUAUGUGUCUGCUAUGUAUACGUGUAAAGUGUAAAUAUGUAUUUAAGAGUAUGUAUGAAUUAAGAGAAAUUAAGCUUGAAUAAAGUUCACUGAAACA